AUGGAGGAGUCUGGGGGAGAGGAGGAGGUGAGCAGAGAGCCUGGCAACGUUUCUGGAAAGCUGCUGGACGUGGCCUGGUUUCCUUGGAUGCCAUCCCAGAAGCUCCCUGUCCUGUGCACCGGCACACAGGUGCAGUGGCUGUGCAACGGUGCCGGAAAGCUUUUCUCCGCUGAGAGUAGCCCCUGGACAGACCAAACCCAUGCGUCACUGUAUCCUCCCCCCGCCCCCGCAUCCAGCACCAAUGUCCCCCACCAUCCCCCACUGUUGCCAUGGCCAAAAAGAAAGGCCGAAAGGGAUGCUGAAGGAGAUAAAGACAAGGAGAAGGGCAAGCCACAGAGAAGAUCCACAAGGUUAUCUGCUAAACCUGCUCCUCCAAAGCCAGAGCCCAAGCCUAAAAAGGCUGCUGCUAAGAAGGGAGAGAAGGUACCCAAGGGGAAGAAAGGGAAAGCUGAUGCUGGUAAGGAUGCGAAUAAUCCUGUGGAAAAUGGAGACACCCAAACAGACCAGGCACAGGAAGCCGAAGGUGCUGGAGAUGUCAAGUGAUGUGUGUGCAUUUUUGAUAACUGUGUACUUCUGGUGACUGUACAGUUUGAAAUACUAUUUCUUAUCAAGUUUUAUAAGAAUGCAGAAUUUUGAGAAAAAAAAAGGAGAAAACAGACAAGUGAAGAGGAAGUAUUGGGAAGUAUUGGGGAUGAAAGAGGAAGAAGUGGGGAGAUGAAAAUAAUGGUGGGAUGGGUGUUUUGGGAGGAGGUAUGAGCAAAGUAAAUUAUGUGGCAUUUACUCUAUGCAGCUAAUAUGUACCAGUAAAAGCUGAAAAAAGGCAGCAACGCCAAACAUUUUAUUUAAUCGGGCUACUCAAGGUCUAGUGAGUAAUGAGCUGGUUUAGAAGCCUUCUCCGUUACUUUGCUCGCCCCAGCAUUCCCGGUAUGGUGACUCACUGAUAACAGAUGUCAAGUACUGAAAACACAGCUUUCUCUUGUCCUGAGAAACAGUGUAGCGGACCAUCUUCCAGCCUGGCGUUCAGAGUGGAGGAGCAGAGUCACGUACUUGCUGGGGGCUGGGAGCCUAAGUCACAUUCUCCAGACUUGUGUCAUCUAUAAGAUGAGGCAAAGGCACCAUCAGAUUUAAGACGGCGUUGGUUUCCGUCUGACACGCAGAGAAAGCUACCUGAUAAGCACGCAGGAUGUUGAUUGGUUAGAAGAUGUGCCCUGAUCUUAAGCAGGUCAAAGAACAGAACACUGUGCUUCGGAAUGGAUGAACUCUGGUGGCAGCCUGCCUUCAUGAGUUUUAUAUAAAGCCCGAGUGAGAUGGCAUUCCCAAAGCCCUCUGCACGUAGCACCUCUCACACUGCAAGAAGCCAGCAAGCAGGCUCUGACAGUUCUCAUUUUAUUAUUGGCAGUUACACUUGUCAUCUUGCAAGUCCCUAAAACGAGCCAUUAUGUUUUGCUUUCUUUUCUGAUAUUUGAAGCUGAAUUCACCGGAAUGGAUCUAUAAGGCUAUUGUCAGUUUUUGUAAAGGACUGGGUUAUCAGCAAGAUGACUGUAUCAAGCCAGAUGAUACAUAAUGACCUGCAGUUCCAGCUGAAAUGCUUAAUGAGUAUGACACUUUGGCAAAGGCCCUUUGGUGGGAAGUGGGCUUCCCACUCCUCAUCUCUUAAGUGAAUGUAGAAUAAAGGCCCAAAUUAUGCUUAGCAGUUGGGAAGGUUGAGAGGCGCCCUUUCUGCUGCUCUGUUCAGCCUGCCUGCGCCGGUGAUAACCGAUAAUUUGGUGACUGGCUGAGCAAUUGCUCUGCGGUGAGCUGAAGGAAGGCCUUUAUUCACGAGGCUGGCAAGACUUCAGAGGGCAGUGAAGGCAUAUUUGAAGCAACACGAUGCCAGUGCAGUUGCUGGGGAAGCUCGGCUCUGAUAGAGCACCGCGGUAAGCCAAAAUCUGUCCAGGAGGAUAGCUGCUAACGAGGCUGCGGAGCCCUGUGCACCCAAGCUGUAAGGAAGGUCAGCCGUCUGCUGCGUGUCUCCUUGUUGACCUGAAAGACUUGAAAACACCGCCCCACCGCCCCCUGUGUCCGUAGACACUAGUGCUUGAGACGUUCCCAGCUCCUCAUUGGAUGAAGGAGGUUAGGUGAAUAUUGUUUAACCUUUAAUGGAGAUGUGCAAUACUGCCAGACUCUGGAAACAUUUAAGCAAAAAUUCCCUGUUUUGCAAUUGUCAGAAGUAAGCCCCGUGGUCCAUUGUGAACGAGGCAGGUUCUUCUAGGUGGGUAACCUGAUUUCCAGACCGGGCAUCGUGACACAGGAAAAGACAGGAACGCUGGUCUAUGCUAGGUGUUCCUCAGUUCUGUCUCACAUCUGGGGGCAACGUGGAACUUCCGUAUUUUCUGCCCUUUUCACAUGCAUAAACAUGUGUCCCUACACUCUAGGUCUGAAUUACCUAGCCUGUAAAAUGAGCGCAGUGGCUCCAGUGGGACUGGUGUGAAGCUAGGAGGACACCAUGAGUGGUGAUAGCACCACUGAGCAGAAGCUCCUGUGUUCACCUACAAGGUUCAAAGGGACUUGGUCUGCUCUUAGGAGUGAGAUGUGCACUGCCCGUGAGUGUCUCUUUCCUGGUCCCCGAUACUGCCAAGGCAUUCAUUCAUAUUGGGCUGUGUGAACACUCUGUUGAGAACCACGAGCUUAGAGAAGUUGGGGGCCGCUGUUCCUCAGCAGUCUUGUCUGUCUGUCCUCCUAAGCUGGACCAGUUCUGUUCCGGGUUUGUCUGAAGUGCUUUGUUUGAUCUCCGUUUCAGGAGAGGUCCAGAGAGGAACUGGGAAGGUCAAGGGGAUGGACCUCUCAGACUGCAGUGGGUGGGUAUAACUGCUGCAGUGCCUCUAUCCAUUACAUCUGUUCUUGGCAUCCAAACCUCUGUUGGAUGUACAUUUGGCUAAUUACUACUAAUCCAUUUUGGUUUCUUUUAAACUAAUAUUCAGUAUCAGCAGAUUAUACUGGGUUUUCUAAAGUGACAAGCCUCCCCCAUCUCUGUGAACAGCAGAGAUGUGCUCCUGCCAUUUGCUUUGCGUCCAGUGAGAACUCAGGAAAAUGAGGGCAGAUAGUUGAUCACCAGCAUUAGAGAGCUAACACACCUCGCUCCGUGCACACCAUCUGCUCAUGUUAGCAGAGCCGGCUCGACUGUCCUUCCCUAGACCCGUGGGCCAGUUCUGUUGCUCUAACAAAAUAACCCGAGUUACUUUAUAAAGAAAAAAGGGUUCUGUUUUCGUUGAUGGUGUUGGAAGGCUCAGUGCAGGGUUAGCUGGCUCAUUGCUUUGGCCUAUGGUAUGUAGCACGUGUUGAUGGAGGGUAGGGCAGAGCGGAAUAGCCAGCCAGGAAGCAAAAAGGGAAAAGCCAAGAAGGACGGGGCUAGCAUCUCCUAAUUCCUGUCAAGGGCGCGUCUCUGAAGAGGUCUAGUGGUCACCCAUAGUGCCCUGCGUCCACAGUACCUCCCAUCAGUACCACCCCGAGGGCCAAGGGCCUCUGUGCAUGGAUCUUGCAGGAACAGUUUUCCACACUAGAAAACAGUUGUCCACAAAGGAGAACGGUGAGAACUUUCAGGACUUGAGCACUAAAGACUUUUCUGUCAUUUACAGAAUCCAAUGCAGGAAGAAGUAUUACACAGAACUGUCCCGGAAUGCUCAGAGUUCAUAUUUCAUGCCGGAUGUAGUCAUUUCACAUUUAUACAUAUCAUUUAGUAUUUUCAAGUUUUGUGAAGUUGUUUUUUUUUUUUAAGAAAUAAUUACUCAAGUUAAUUUUGUACGGUUUUAGCAUGAAAAACAUGACAGCAGAGCUGUAGGUACACCUUUUCGAAACCUUUUGUAUAUUCCUUACACUAGUAAAGGUGACACAGCACUGAUAUAAAGGAAGGGCCCAAACCGCUAAACACCACCCUGCCUGGCCCCGCCUUCUCGGGCAGCAUUGGCAGUGUUAGUGAACGCCGUGGCGCGGUGGUGAAACCCAGGAAGCACAAACACUGGGAAUAGAGAGUCAGGGAAGACUCUGGGUGGACGGCGGAUAGUAGAUAGGCUUCUUUCUCAUAAUACAGCACAGCAUUGCAGUGUGUGGGGCUGACAGGGGGCCUGCAGCAGUGGGCUUUAGGCUGGGUGCAUCUGGGCCUCUUCCUGAUGCAGAUUUGAGGCCGACCCACAUCAUGCCAGGGAGCAAGGGCCUGCAGCUGAGAGGGGUGCAAAGGCCCCGCAUUUCUUCUCAGCUUUUCCCAUCAACUCUGCAGCCAGUCUGGGGCUCAGCUAUUCUCUGGAGUUACUCUGUCUGGGAAAGCUGACCGCCCCAGUAUGGACAAUAUUAUUUUUUAAAAUUCCAUAGCAUUGUGGCCUCUGUUUCUUUGCCUCUUUCUUCAGCAAAUGCCCCCUUAGAGAGUAAAAUGCAUUUUCCUCUUUAGAGUAGGGGGAAGAAGAAUAUUCUUCAGAGCCACAUCCAGUCCCCAUUGCUUUUAAAGAAGGGGUGAUGUUUGACACCAAAAGGCAUCAGUGAUGAAAGCCACAUUUAACUUGUGUUGUUUGGACUGAGCCCUGGAACCAAACCAAACCAGUUUUUCCUGUGUGUGUGUGUGUGUUUCUUUUUGUCUGAGUGGCGCUAAGCCCAGAAGCAUGUUUGCAUUGCCAAGAGAUGGCUCUAAAUAUAGAGUGUGGUGGGGAAGAUUGUUUCCUUAUGCAGGCAACUGGGGUGUGCUCCUCGGCCGCCACCCUCCAGCAGGAAGUUUGGCCGAGCUGCAGCCUGCACCGAAGAAUGUGGAAACAUGAGCCUGGGCAGGGUGGCUUCGCACACGUGUCUCCAGCCAAAAUAUGCAGAUCAGCCUUGCUGGCUGUUUUGAUUCUCUCUGACUUAGGAGCGUAAUUAAACACACAACAAUGGGCAGCUUUGAGCGACUGGGAUGGCAGCAUUGUCUACCCCUUGUUUAAACACAGAUUGUUUAUAAAGGUACAAAAACACUGUGAUGCCUUGCUGUAGCUCUCUCCCAGCCAGCUUUGAAACCUGAGUCCUGCUCACCUGUUCCUGCAGACUGUGGCUUGCUCUUUUACUGGUUUGCUCUUCGGUGGCAGAACAGCAAGAGCACUGGUGGGAUUUAGAGAGCUGUCUGAAAACGCUGACUUGAAACAAUUGCUUUCUCCAGAAGCAGAGCCAGAGAGCACCACAAAGAACUGAGGUUCAAAACCCCCUACUGUUCUCUUGCCUUCAGCAAUUAAGUAAAAUAGACUUUGAAACCUCAGCUCAUAAAUCGGGUUGCCCCAAAGGGAUGGAGUGAGCUGGUUUGAUCAUUGUUUUGGUCUAGUUUCUUGGUAGAGCUUUACUUUAUCUCGCUUUUCUUUUUCAUCUUUUUUUUUUUUCCUUGGCAGUGGAUAUAAAGUGACAGGGUUUGCAGAUUAAUGUUGAUUUGGCUUUUAUGGUAAAAGCUUAUUAUGCCUCAGGAAAUACUGCAAAGUAGCCAGUCCACAUUCCAUAAUGAAAUCAUCUGUGCUGAAUGCAUUACCAUUGAGUAAUUAAACUCAGCAUGUAGUUGGUUCUAAAACUUUACGUUUCAUAACAAGAGACUAUUAACUCAAUAUCAAACCAGGAUGGUAUCAUCUGGGAGAGUCCUGCUGACAGCGCUUCCAGCCAGUAAAAUGGCAGUGUAUAGCAGCUAGCUCCAGAAUCACUGACACGUGAUUGUUGGGAAAAAAAAAAUACAAUUCUGACUUCAAAGGGAUAAGAGAUUGUUUAUUGUGGACACAGAUUUAGCUUACCUCAAAAUCCGUGUUCUAACACAGAAGCAGAUUAUGAAGCCUUUAUAGUAACAGAAGAAAGAAAGCCAUAAAUCAAAACCCUUUUACAGACGUUAGUGGAAACAUUACAUGGGCAGUUUCAAGCAAAGUGGAGAUACCUCCACUAGAGGCAUCAGGAAGUCGAUGACACUAUAAGCCUUUGGUUGGUGUCUUAGGGUUUCUGUUGCUGUGAAUAGACACUGUGACCACAGCAGCUCUUAAAGGGAAAACAUUUAAUUGGGGCUGGCUUAAAGUUCAAAGGUUUUAGUUCAUUGUCAUCGAGGUGAUACACAGGCAGACAUGGUGCUGGAGAAAUAGCUGAGAGAUCUGCAGACAGCAGAAAGAGAGAGAGAGACACUGGGCCUGGCUUGGGCUUCUGAAGCCUCAAAGCCUAUCCCCAGUGACACACUUCCUCCACCAAGGGCAUACCUAAUAGUGCCGCUGCGUGUGAGCCUACGGGGGGCAUUUUCAUUCAAACCACCAUAGCUUGUGAGGGCUAAAUGUCUGUACUCCAAAGGAUUUAUUUAUCUUUGGUUGAAAUGACAAUAUUAGUGCACAAACAGAAGAGAACAAUAAAUGGCUAUAUGAGAGCUAAAGAUGGCCCAGGAUACUUAGGCACAGGGCUUGAUGUCAGUUAACCAGCUUUGGGGGAUGUCCCCCUUCACAGGCUACAUUAAGCAGCAUGCCUGAACAUCCGUGUCAUGAGUCUCCAUGUGCACUACUUCAAGGCAAAUAAUACAAGUACAUCAAAGGCUUUUUGUCCAUCCAGAGUGGUUGUGAUUUAUUUUGCUUUACUUGUUUCUUGGCUCUUUUUAUGUACUUGUAUUGACUGCCUUGUCACCUCCCUUGGUUCCUCACUUUGCUCAAAUUUUAUUGAGGAUUUUUUUUUUUAAUUUCGUGUUCAAAAAGGAAAUUGGGCUAUAGUUUCCUUACCCCUAGCUUUUGUGGUAGGAUAAUACUGGCUUUGCAAAGUGAGUUUGGCAGCAUCCCUUUAAAGCCUUCCUAUUUGAUAAAGCAUUUUAAGAACGAUGUCUAAUAGUUCUUAAUCUAGAGUUCACAGCGGAGAGUCAACGGUGAAGAAUGAGCUUCAGUUGAGGCCCCAGAUCAGAUUGGCCUGUGGCCAUGCCUUGACUAUCUUGAUUGAUGAUUGGUCUGCAAGGGCCUAGCUCACUGUGCAUGUGUGGCAUCAGUCCCAAGCAAUGGGUGUAAGGUAGCAGGACAGCAGGUGGACAGCGUUCCUCCAUGUUUUCUGCUGUCACUCCUGCCCCGAUUUCCCUUGGAGAUGCGUUGUGACCUGGACACGGGCGUAAGCCCUUUCCUUCUCCAAGUUGCUUUUGCUCAUGGUGUUUAUCACAGCACCAGAAAAGCUGGCUAUAGCAUGCUCCAUUGUUAGCUCUUCUUACACAGGCUAGUUUCCAGUACUCAAUCUAUCUGGACCUAAGAUUUUCUUUGAUCAUUUCAGUUUUUGUUGUUGUUGUUGUUGUUGUUUUUUUCAAUUUCAAUGCUCAACUUAGAUAAAUUCAGGCUGUUUCAGAUCCUUUGGUAGGCCACAUGCACUAGAAAUUUAUUGGUAUUGUUUUCCAAAAACUUUCCCCGACGAUCUUCCUUAUUUUGUUGGUAUUUGUUUUAAUGUGUCGUUACUGCCCCUGAAAACACACUUGCCUCAUAAUGAGUAGCCAAUAAAUAGUUCCUGCCAAAAAGUAGAUUCCUCAGUUGACGGGCAGUUAAUCGUGUCAAAACAGGCAAGCAAGACAGGUUCGCGUGCUGGAAACCAACCAGCAUGCUAUUUCUGUGUGACUCUUUAAAGGUCUCUUGUUCUGCCACUAUGGGUAAAACCCAAGAACAGAGCAGGCUGACAGGGACGGCUGCUCUGAAGAGGACACAGUGCUCCAGCAGCCAGCUUCAUCUUUGCCAUGUGACCAUUCCUUCAAGACCAGAUAGAAAGUCUUAAAAUUCCCGCUGCCCCGCUUUCCUCUACUGAACAUCCAGUGUAAGAUGAACUAAAGGAAGCAACACUUUUCAUAGAGUUAUAUGUUGUAAGGCUAAGCAUUUGCUCAUUCCGGAUUUGUUAGUUUGUCGGUGCUGUUGUAUUAUAUAUAUGUGUGUGUGUGUGUGUGUGUGUGUGUGUGUGUGUAUUAUUUUCUGAAGGUUUAUUUUGAAACAGGCACCCAAAAUGUCCUCAGAGACUCCACUUAGCCCCUCAGAGAUGCACUGCCCCCUACCGGGACCCCGGUGUAACUCUUAAGGCUUGGGCUUAGAAUUGAGACCUGAUAAAAGUUUAGGCUAUGAGAUAGGUAAUUUUUUAUUGAUUCCACAUUGAAAUGAAAUCUUCCACACCUUGUGCUUUGUGUAAUGCAUUGCUAAUGUUUACUAAUCCUUUUCUUCUCUUCUUCACGGUCUCUGCUAGAGCUUGCAAGGCUCAGUGUGACAUGGCUUGAGUGAUCUCUGGGCAGGACUGUCAUAUGCUGCCCUUCUGGGUCAUGAGUGAGCAAUGGCACUGGGCCAGCACUAUUGGCAGCCCGACCUCUUAGUAGAACCUUCUGCGGAGUUCUGCAGACUCUCUGGGCUGGUUGCAAUCGAUGUCACAACUGCCUGGGAAAUGUGCCAAGAAGGAAUCUGCUAGGCCGGCCUAGGCUGAGUAAAAGAGGAAUCCCCAGACCCUUGCCCACUCAGGAGCACAGUUGAGUAGAAGUUUCAGGACAUAGUGCUGAAUUCAAGCCAGAAGUUAAGGUUUGUGUUAGCAGCAAACUUACUUCUCACAGCCAUUUGUACCCAGGCAAGGAAAGAUCUUCACACACCUGCAUUGAUAACUCCAGCCUCAUGGACUUUAGCCUCAGAAGUCACCCUUGGUCAUGGGGAGGUCUGCCUUGUUCUGUUACUGUUAUCGCCAGGAUGGGUCACUGGUACCUACUUAUACCCACAGUGUGCAGAAAAAUUGUUGCCCGUAUUUACUAGAUGCUAAGUGUGUAUUUAUGAAAUACAACUGUGGGUCAGAUGCUAGGUUCUUCCUUUGCAUUGAAAAAAUAAAUACAGUUCCUUACCUAAACAAGUAAACUCUCAGUCUACCAGAUGGGUGACGGCCAUUUCCCACGUGCUGGUAGGCCUCAUCUAUACUGUACCUGUGAGCAUCCUCCUGUGAGCUUGAAAAUCUCUAUAUUGCUUUCAGUGCAUAAAUGCCAUGUAACUGCUUAUUCUACUGCUUUGUUUUGGGACUAAUGACUGAGGGAAAGUUCUGUCUGUGCUAGGCACAGAUAGUUAUUUUUCAGGUCUUUCACAUUCAUGGCUGGUUAUUUCCAUUGAUGUGGAACCCUCGGUACAGAGGGCUGGCCGGGGUGAACGAGCAUCUUACUCAUUAACCAGCUAGAUACUAAAUUGCUGGGGCUUUAGUUUUUGUUUUGAGCUGCUGUCACCCAACCUAGAACAGUGGCUCAAGAGGCAGGCUUGAAGAAGUGUUAGUACCACGCUUCUCAGCAGGAGCUGAAUACUUGUGCUCCCUUCUGGUCCUAAUUUUGUCUUCCAGAGGAGUCUAAGAAGCUGGAAAAGAUGUCUUGAAGCUAAACAGCUCCUUCCCUUCCUCCCUCUUUUCUUCCUUCCAGAGUUCACGUCUUUCCUAACUAACACACAUUACUCUUGAGGUCCAGUCUUCCUCUGGAACUUUGCGGCAGCUUGUUUCCCAGCCAAGCAAAGUCUUGCUGCUUCUUACAGUCACUCUCCAUUCUCCAGCUCUUUCCAGGCCAAGAAGGAUGCCAUUUACACAGUGGUUUCAGAUGUUGCUGGUGAAUUGGUGUGCAUGCAUUAGACCUCAGGAAAGCCUUCCAGAGCAAAGUUAGCACUCUGAGGUCAAACGGUUGAUUUCCUACAAGCUUAAGGCACGAUGCCAGGGUUGAAUAACCUGUUGCCUUGGGUACCUGCCAGCGUAUUGUUGAUCUGUCUGUUUAAGGAACCCAGGAACCCAUCAUUCUCUUUUUCACUACACACAUGCCCGUUCAAACAUGGCUCCUGAGAGUGCCUGAGUUAGGGGCGAGUCUCCAUUCUGCAGUGACUUGUUCUGAGUACACAUUCACUGUGAUUUUUGGAAGGGGCAUCUCUCUAUCUUGGCCUGUUUCUGACAAUCCAGGAAAUACCACUGACAUCUUGCUAUAAUUUGGAUGAUCCUAUAAAUGGAAAGUGAGAUUCACAUAAGCUUUUGCAAUUUAUAGGAGUUAGAAAUGUUUUUUGGAACAACUGUUUUCAAGCCCCUAAAAAGAAGUCAAAGGUUUUAAACAUCCCUCUACCCCAAGUUCCUUGAAAUGGGACAAUGUCCAUUAUCACUGGAGUAGCUUUUGUCGUAACUCUUGAGGCCACCAUGAAGACUUUUCAUCAGCUUGAGUAUUUCUCCAGUAACAUUAUCUCUGUUCAUUUCAAUGUUAUAAACAGAAAGAGUCACUUUUAACCCUUUGCCCUCAGAUCUACUCCUCACUUACACUGUUUCAGAAGUUUUAGGUCAUGUAAAAUAAAAUGGCAGGGGUCAUCCAGGUGACCCAGCAGAUAAAGGUGCUUGGCAUCAACAAGAUGCCAGCUUAACAGACCGGAGCUUGAGCCUCAGAAUCUACAGAAAGAUAGGAGAAAGUUGAUUCACAAAGUUGUCCUCUGACAUCCAGACAUAUGCCUUGGUAUUCAUGUUGUAGUAUACACACACACACACACACACACACACACACACACACACUACUCACACAAAAUAAAAUUAAAAAUUUUUUGACGAAUGCAAUGCAGACUGAGGCUUUCAGCAGAAUUAAACUGAGUUACUUAAUGUGCCUACUAUUUGUGGUAGAAUCUCUAUUUAAAUCUCACAAACAGAACUUUUCAAUUAAGUUGAAAACAAAAUAUUAUGAAAGCGUUGGCAUGUUCUAGGGUAGCAAGCAUCUUGGUUGCAUCUUGGUUCAUGCUCCCAGACCACCGUGGCUUACCACAGAGCUAAGCCAUAAACUGGAUUUAGCAAGUCUCCAAAACUUGACUAGACAUCAGAAUUGGCCCCAUGUGAUUAAAAACAAUUCAUUCAAUUACCCAGUUUCUUCGGGCAGAAUGUUAGAAGCACUGGCAUCGAGGAAACAGAUGUGGAAAGCCCAAAUUAAGCAUAUGUGUUAGGAAGACAACAUAUUGUCAAGUAGCAUAAACUAGAUCUAGGAUUUCACAGCAGUUUUCCAACUCGAUAGUGCUUGCCCUUCCAAUGGAAGCAAGUGCUGCUCCGUGUGACAGAGGACUUCAUGGGCGUCUGGCUACAAUCGCAGCUAUGUUCUCAGUUCCCAGUCCUAAUGACAUAGACUCCUGAUACACUGAUUUACUGGGCCAGCCGCAGAUACAGGAAGCCUUCCCUCACUCAGUCCUGUGACCAGUCCCUGCCAAGGCCAAGGUCAGUGUCACACACAGCCUUUGUCAGGCCUGAGCCUGUGUGACUCACAGUAUGUCAAAAGUGCAGCACUGAAUAGAACAGCACAGGCAGAAGCUGAGGUUCAGAAUCUUCAGCAUCUUGCAGAAGGCUCGGAAGUAAACCGCACCAGAGCGAAGAUCGGGCGUCAGAUGCGGUGCAGUAUUUCCAGUGUUGGAGGAGUACUUAGCUCGGCCCAGGCUUCAGAAAGGUUGAAUGAGGAAUGAGGAACAUCGGCACACUGUGGAGUCCCAGCACACACAGCAGGUCUCAGAACUGGGCUGGUGGCUCACUUGGUAAAGUGCUGGCCAUGCCACCUUCUUGUCCCAAGUCUGGGGCCCCAGAGCUCAGGUAAGAAAAGGCUAGAUGUGGCAGUUUAGAGGAUAAAAAGGAGGAGGAUCUGUGGGGCCUGCUGGUCAGCCAGUCUAGUAGAAACGGUAAAUCAGAGGUUCAAUGGGGGGGACUAUCUCAAAAAAAAAAAAAAAGACCUAGACUAUGACGGAGGAGAACACCUGCCUUUCACCUGUUCACACACAGCUCUGCAUUUGUGUGCACACAGCACCACCCCUGUGCUCUCUCACGCUUUACUUAACCUUGAAAGACGAUCACCUGUGUCACUCCCAUUUCCCCACGUGCACAACUCCUCCAAGCCACUGCCGUGUUCAUGAUCACCCCGGGACCAUGCUUACAUGAAGUUACAUUUCUCCCAAGUGAAGGCCUUGGAGCACAGAGAUGGCGCGCUGUGCUUUUAUAAGACUCCGUUCCAACAUUAUGGCACCGUUUACAGUCCUCACCCAGGCAUAGCACGCCCAAGUUCUGGUCGCCAGGCUUGUACCAGGAAAUUCAAUCUGCUUCCCCUCGACCAAAGUUCAUUUAGUCAGCUAAGAGCGCUUGAGAGGAUGUUGCUGUGUCUCUCUGAAAGGCUGGCUUGUUUCUGUCCUGCACACCCUUGAGGUCAGAGUCGGCUUGGUUCGGAGGCUUCUCUUCCUCUCCUGAAGAGGGCACGACUACAGUCUUGAUUCCUGACCUUGCUCAUGUGCUCUGUAUUUACUGGAACCCAGAGGCUAAAACAGCAGUUUCAGAAAAAAAG